CAAAUGUUAUUCCGUUCUCUUCGGUGUCACCUGGUUGUCAGUUGUCGAGACCGUGGACGGACUAUUAGCCGUGGGUUGACUGAGUUGUAGCAGCCGAGUGACGAGAUGGACCCUGGUGUUUUGACGUCCACGUCCAAAGCUGACUCCCUCCCUCUGGCCUCCCUGCGUCUCCUGGUCCCCCCCCUGCAGCUGGUCACAGCGUCACUGUGGCAGACCCUGAGGAGACGGGACGUCCUGAACUACGUGGCUGUGGCCGAGUUCGUCUGCCUGGUGACAGACACGGUACCAGAGCUGCUGGUGAACAGGCACCGGACACAGCUCAUCCUGGGACUGCGAGCCAGGUACGUGGUUGAGUUGUGCCGACGGGACCUGGUGGAACCAGACUUCAUCUGUUCACAGCUGGACAAGAUGAAAGUCCAGCAGCCGGACCAGGUGGAGGCAGCGGAGGAGGAGGAGGAGCAGGAGGAGGAGGAGGAGGAGGCGGUGCUUAACUUCUGUGACCUGAUCCAGACUCUGGUCCAGGACACGGAGGAGAGACGAGAGUUUUUCUCGGAAGUCUUUCCUGUUGAGUUUGGACCAGACUUCGACCGCGACCUCCAGACGCUGUUCUGGGAGUUACUCUGUCGACUGUCUCAGCUGCUGCCUGUCCCUGACCUGGAACAAACCGUGUCCUGGCUCCGACCUGAGGCCUCAGUGUUGACCGACUGUUUGGACCCGGUCUCUGACUCUGCACAUGUGAGGCGUCUGCUGCAGCACCACAGAGACCGGGCCGGACUUCUGGACCGACACGUUCCUCCCUGCAGCAUGGGUGACAUCAUCAGCUCCUCCCUCGCCGCCGUCUUACCCAGCAGGGUGACGUCCACGUCGGAGCAGCAGCCGCGUUCACCUCCGGUCACCAGACACCACACGCCGUCUGACCUCGGAGCUGAACUGGUCACAGUCACAGAGUUCGCUGAAGUGGAACUGGAAACCAGCGCGGAGACUGGAGAACAGCGCCACCAGAGGGCCGAGGGUGUGACCAGAGAAGGACACUUCACCGUGGACGGAACCGUAGCUGCUGCGAUGGCUGUCGGCCAAUCAGAAGAUAACGAGGAUUACCCAGCAUCCUCUGCACCCCCAGCGUCUGUGGGUCCUCACGACGGCCCUGACUGUGAGAAGACAUCGGAGUCUGACCCUCCACCCACCGCCCACAGGGUCACCCAGCCCCCCCAGGUGGAUCCGACCCGGCAGGUGGACAUUCACUCUGACUGUGGUGUGAAUGAGCUCACGGGUUUCCACGGCAACGAUGAGACAAAGACUGACGACGAAUCAGAGCCCGACCGUGGGCUGGAACAGAGUGCGGAGGUCCGGGGCAGUGAACCCGUCACCUGCAGGUCGUCUGACCCGGUCACUGAACGUUACAUCGACCACAUUUCUGCGGUCAAAGUGCGAACAAGCGGGCGCAAACGCAAACCAACCAUGAAGGUUCAGGUGAUAAACUUACAGAAGUCCAUGACCACUGGGAGAAAGAGGAGGGCAAAGGUCAACAGCCCCGCCCUCGAGCCUGAGACUGCCAGCAGCAGUGCAGACCACUCCUACGGGUCGACACCGGUCCAACUGAAGACCAGUGACGAAGGUUCUUCAGCUAACUUGGCCUCAGCUGCUGUCUCCUCUCCACAGCGCCCCCUCAGUCCUUCAGGUGGUGUGCAGGUCCAGCAGCAGGAGCACGGGGCUGGUCUUCAGGGCCGUUUCAGUUGCCCCAGCUGUGAGAAGAGCUUCAGGUUCCAGUCCUUACUCAGAGCUCAUCAGCGAAUCCACACGGGGGAGCAGCCGUUCCUCUGCUCUCAGUGCGGACGCCGGUUCUCCUUCAAACAGUCGCUGGAGCGCCACAAGCAGACGCACAGUUCCGGGCGCGAGUACCAGUGCCUGAUUUGUGGCGAGUUCUUCAAAUCGUCGCUGGCUCAGCGGGAACACAGGAGCACGCACAUGGAGAACGGCGAGUACGUCUGCUCAGAGUGUGGACGCGCCUUCGCUUGGAAGUCGGCGCUAGUGCGCCACCUGAAGACCCACGGCGAGAGUGCAGCCGGGGACGGGCGCUCCUACGGAUGCCCCCACUGCGACCUGAGCUUCGGCUGCGCCGCUCGCCGUCAGCAGCACCUGCAGACUCACCAGGAACAGCGGGUUCACCGCUGCAGCUGUGGGAAGAGCUUCACCUACCAGGCCGCCCUCACCGCACACCAGCGGACGCAUCAGAAGGAGCGGCCGCACGUGUGCACGCAGUGCGGCAAAGGCUUCCUGUACAGGGGGGGUUUGCUGAGUCACAUGAAGAUCCACUCGGAGGAGAAGCCGUUCUCGUGUUCCCACUGUGGGAAGAGCUUCAAGAGGGAGCGCAGCAUGAAGAAGCACGAGCGCUGCCACACCAGGGAGAAGGUCUUCAGCUGCUCCACGUGCGACAAGAGUUUCGUCUACAAGGCCACGCUGACCAGACACGAGCUGACGCACACGGGGGAGAGACCGUACCUCUGCUCCGACUGCGGGAAGAGGUUCUUCUCCCACGCCGAGCUCCUGAAGCACGAGCGCUUCCACAAAGACCACAAGCCCUUCCACUGCCCCCACUGUGGCAAGAAGUUCACUCAGUCCUGCUACCUGACCAUCCACCUGCGCUACCACACCGGGGCGCGGCCUUAUUCCUGUACGGAGUGCAACAAGAGCUUCCUCAGUGCCAACCGCCUGAAGAGACACCAGCGGACGCACUCAGAGGAAAGACCUCACCUGUGUGUGGAGUGUGGGAAAGGCUUCAGACAAGCGUACAAUCUCAGAAUGCAUCAACAGACUCACCUGACGUUCUCCUAGGUUCUAGUCCGACUGCUGCUCAGUUAACCUGCUGUCAAUCACGACUUCAAGCUAACGCUGCUCUAAAAAAAACAAAAAACAAAACAUUUACUAUAGAACAUUUUUCUUUUUACAGAGGCACACAGACACCAGUAGAUGGCAGUAAAGAAACUAGAUGUUCAGAGUGUUAGCUUACCUUGACUUAGCCCUGGUGAAGACCAACUCAAAUUUGAAUGCUGUCCAAUCACAGAGCUAACGCAACACGUGUGUGUACGCUGCUGCUGCAGCACCACCUACAGGCCAAGGAAGGGACACAACAUGCUAAAUACUGACAAACAAAUUGUAGUGAACAUGACGUUUCUCAGUUUCUGUUUAAAGAUCGUUCAAAUGGACAAAUGUAUCAAAAAUAAAUCUUUUCUAUGAGUGGUUUAAAA